UUCAUCAGCACAGCGGUAGCAGCGACGCGCCUAUCUUCCGCCGUCGUGGCCAAAUCGUCUCGAGGCGGUAGGAAGAUGGUUGACUCAUGAGAGCAGAGCAGCUGCUACGCCAGAGAGUGAGCGCUUGCAUUCUUCCGUCAACACGCGCUCUGUGCGGACCUAUUAAUCGCGGUAUUCCAAGAUAUUUGUCUGGUGGGACAUAAAGUUCCCCAAAAAGUGCACAACCGGUUAUGCACAAAUAAAGUCGCAAUCGUAAGACGUGAAAAUUAUUUCCAGUUAAUUUAAGUGCAACGGAAACAGAGUGACUAUAUGUGUCGUUUUCGUGUUCAGUGAUCGACUUUUGUCAGUGGGUUUUCCGUGCCCCAGAUAGACUCAGAGAAAACGUGCGUUUUGGCCGGGUGCGGCAUAGUGGUGAGAAGACGGGUGAACGAGCAACAGAGAGUGUGCGCGCCUCUGUGUAGAGGCGAGAACUGUUAAUCGAUAAUACAAUGGGAUACGACGAGGUGUUAACGCAUUUGGGUGGUUUCGGCCGGUACCAGAAGAAGAUCUAUGUGUUGCUUUGCUUGCCGGCGAUUUGCUGUGCCUUCCACAAGUUGGCCGGCGUAUUUCUGCUGGCGACGCCGGAUUAUCGCUGCAAACUUCCGUUCGAAGCGAGCAAUGCCACAUACGAACUUCCACCGGGUGUGCUAGCAAUGGCCUAUCCAAUGGAUUCCUUCUCGAAGAAAUAUUCCACCUGUACCUAUUUGGACGCCAAUUUCACCGAGGAUUAUCUGGCUGGUGGAACCCCAGCGAAAGGAACGGUUAGCUGCGAUCGUUGGAUUUACGAUCGGUCUCGCAUCGAGAGCAGUACCGUAACGGAUUGGGACAUGGUAUGCGACCGGAAUUGGUUACGAGCAUCGGCAGAUUCGCUCUUCAUGGUCGGUGUGAUGCUGGGCAGUAUUAUAUUUGGCUAUCUCUCAGAUAAAUACGGACGCAAGCCGAUCUUCUUCGCCUCGCUCGUCGCACAGGUUUGUUUUGGAAUUCUAGCGGGGUUGGCACCGGAGUUUUUCACCUACACGAUCACUAGGAUGCUGGUCGGUGCAACAACGUCAGGAGUUUUUCUUGUAGCGUACGUUAUAGCCAUGGAAAUGGUCGGGCCAAGUGAUCGUCUUUACGCCGGAGUCGUCUGUAUGAUGUUCUUCUCCGUUGGAUAUAUGUUAACAGCAGCAUUUGCGUACUUUAUCCACGACUGGCGUACACUUCAAAUAGCGCUGACCCUGCCUGGGAUUGUCUUCCUCAGCUACUGGUGGUUUAUCCCCGAGUCGUCACGCUGGCUCAUCUCAAACAAUCGACCCGCAGAAGCCAUCACGCUGAUCCAGAAGGUAGCCAAAUCAAACAAAGUCACCGUUCCGACCGAUGUGUUGGAUAAACUGAUGGAGGAAGACAAAGCGGCUCUGGAAACGGAUAAAAACGAACCCAAACCGUCGCUGCUCGAUAUCUUCAAAUACCCAAACCUUCGCCGUAAAGCCUUGCUGAUCUUUUUCGAUUGGUUUGUCAAUAGUGGCACAUACUAUGGGCUCUCGUGGAACACCAACAAUCUCGGCGGCAAUACGUUGCUCAACUUUGUCAUAAGUGGCGCCGUUGAAAUUCCUGCCUAUUCAUUUCUACUGCUCACUCUCAACCGCUGGGGUCGCCGCACAAUUCUCUGCGGAUGCAUGAUCUUUGCUGGCACCAUGCUCCUAUCGACGAUGCUCGUCCCGGACAGUAUGCCCUGGCUGAUCGUUGUGCUGGCUAUGCUCGGGAAACUUGCAAUCACCUCCAGCUACGGCACGGUGUAUGUAUUCUCCGCCGAACAGUUCCCCACGGUUAUCCGGAAUGUCGCACUCGGAGCGGCUUCGACCUCGGCUCGUGUCGGUGGAAUCCUGGCGCCGUACUUCAACCUGUUGGGUGACUACUGGAAGCCACUGCCGCUGUUGAUCUUCGGUGCGAUGGCAUUUUCCGGUGGUCUGCUGUCGAUGUUACUGCCGGAGACGCACAACCAAAAGCUACCGGAAACCAUUGCCGACGGGGAGAACUUUGGGAAGGCGAAAAGCAACGGGUCGCCAGCAGCAGGGGGAGCGGGAGUGACGGCGGGCGACCGGGAUCUGGGAAAAACUUCCGAUGAGCUGCAAGUGUUGAACGUCGUGGUCAGCGAAUCGCCUGCGAAGAAUGGUGACGCCAUCGCGUUGAAGACGGCGGUCGAAAGGACAACGGCGGCUGUUGUCGGUGGUGAUGAUGUUGUAGAGGAGAAGAAUUGAAUGUUGUGGUGGUGAAUAGUUAGUGGUGGAAGGAAUUAGGUAUUCCGUGUGCAUCGGCGGGAUUUUUUUUCCUCUAUCAGGCGUAGAUUAUUUAUGUAAACAUAUACACAAGGCGCGAUAGUUUUGACUUUAGAGAGCUAGAUUAGACUAAGAUGAUGGAACGAUUACGCCGAGCCUGAUCGAACGAUAUUGAGUCGCGUAUGAUUUACUGCAUUGAUACUUGUUUCUAUGAAACGAUUGCACAAAAAAUACAAUCGUCGUUGAAUCAAUUGUGCUCGAAACCGGGAGAAAAUGAUUUCCCCUUUUAUUUUAUUUUUUUUACUUGUUGGGUAUCGUACGAUAUGUUUUCUUUUCGCGUUUCAUCGCAUUGAUCGAAUCGUUUUUUUUUGCGUUGAUAGUUAUACGAAUGAGAGAAGGGAAAAGGAAAAAUUGAAAGCAACGAUUCGAUUGGAUUUUAUUGGAUUUUUUUUUCCAGAAACUAUCAUUAGAUCCUCCCAUUGCCACUGAACAAAACUGUGUAGGGCAAAUACAUUUUUCAGUAUCUCUUUUGAGUUAUAAUCGGAAUCAUCUCGAAAGGCAAAAAAAGCGUGCAUAAAUUCUCACUUAAUGUUUAUUGGUCAUCACGUUUGUUAGAUCCAGCAGUCUCAACGGGUGAUUGCAUUUUUGCUACAUCUGUUGCGCAUGUCUCCGCCUCAAAUGGUGCACUCUUAGAGUAGAUCGAGAUGCAUUUUGCCGUCGAGAGAACGAAGCGAGUCUCUCGUGGCAAAAAAGUCCACGUAGCAGUAUCAAUACACUUCUCGCAAGCAUCAACAACAUUUUUGCUUUAGCUUUGUCUAGCUUGCGAGAAGGGCAUGUAUGAUAUUUCUCCCUGGUUGUACACACAAGAUCCAUCAGUAUAACCACUCAAACCUGUACCUUGAUUCUAUUACAAUCUGUGUUAUUUUGUCACCGGCUUUUCUGUUAUAAUUCUUUGUAUCGGACCUGAUUUAGCACACGCUUUUGCUACUCAUUAUUCCGCGCAUUGGCGCGUAUCCACAUUCCAUUUCACCUGUGUGUGCACCCCCGCGUGCGUUUAAGGAAGUACCACUGGCUCUCCUAAAGCCGAAGAAACGGUCAAGAAAUCUAAUAACAGUAGUCAUUCAGGUCAAUGGACUUAAGUUGAGGUGCUGGAAGAAGCCAUAUGAAGUAUUACCAUUUGUUUGAUCAACUCUUGAACUGCGUCGAGUAGCUGCUGCCCCGCCGCCGAACGAUUGAUUCUACUCACUUAACCCAAACCACUUCUGAUUGGGCGUAAUUAUCGAUGUGAAAUGAUUCAACACACAUGGUGCUAUCAAUUCUAAUUUAGGCUUGGUUUUGCCGCGAUAUCUCAAUGGGAAUACGGUAAGAGACACGCGUCGUAGAUCAAUUUAGUUCGUUAAACGGGAGUAUCACGGGACAAGGCAGUGCAGCUCUGAAUGAAAUCGGUGACGGUUUUGUUGUUAUAAUCAUUUAAAAACAUUCUCUAAUAGUUCAAUGAUGAGUGUGAAAAAUCAAACUGGCGACAAUCACGAUAGCUGUAGGAUAAGAUUUGUUUGAACCUCCAUGCUGUGCUUACCAUACUUAUACUUAAAACGCGACUUCUCCCAGAUUUGUGUUCAGAAAAGAGAAAAAAUCAAAGGAAACUAAUAGGAAAAUACAAUUAAACUAACAAUGUACUCUAAUGGAUCUACUACUUAAUAUUACUGUUUAGUUUUUAAAUCACCCUGGACAUAUAAGCUUAAAACUGUCUAUGCUUUUGGGCAAAUACUGCAUUAAUAAACCUAAGAAGUUGUGGUGUCAUGAUAAUAAAUGCGAAUUUCUUCACAACAUGUGUAUUUUUUCUCCCUAAAUCUCCAAUGAUAACAAACUAAGGAAAGGGGUGUAUUCGAUAAAAUCUGCAUAUACAAACUUGACUGUAUCUUGAUCACCAUGUGUGUAAAAAAUCUAAACUUGUCAGUAAAACUAGUUGAAAGUGUAUUGUUUUCAUCUGUCUAGUUUCUUAGCAGCUCAUACAGCACUUACAAUCGUAUCGUCGAAACAAGAGAUCACCUGCGAAAAAAGAAUGUGCAUUUAUAAUGGAUGAAAAACAGGGAAAUUGAUUCCCUGGAUUUUGUAAGUUUUCAAAUCUUUGGACUGGCAUCUCCUCUCUGGAGCCAACAAUGC